AUGAGGAUAGGAGAACAAUAAGUGAUAGAGAUAAUACAGGAACAAAAAAGAUCAAGGGAAAGAAAAGUAAUUAGUAUGAUAGAAUAUCUUUGUGAAAAUAUACAUGGAUUAUAUUAAGAUACAAUUACAUUUUUUAUUGACAUGAAACAGGCGCUAUGGAAUGGUGGGAGAGAAGAAUUAUAAGACUAUAAAGAGAGCGAAAUAAGAGAAGAAGCUAAAUACCUAGAAACAUACAUUUAGAGAACAAAAUAAACGAUAGCAGAAACGGAAGUAGGGAUAAUAAACGUAGAUUAGAUUAAAAUUAAAGGAGUUGUAGAAAUAGAUUGGAUUUUAUGCAGAAUAAAGAAAAGAUAAUUCUUCACUAUUCUGAAAAAGAAAAACCAUACUUCUCUACAUCUCUAUCCGAUGCAAAUAAAAAGAACCUACAAGAAUGUUUGUAAACAAUAAUAAUAUCAUUAAAAUUAUUCAAAGAUUUAUAUUGAAUCCUGUUAAAAAAAAGUUUAUUAAAUCUAAUUUAAUCAACAAAAUUUGAUAUAGUUUGCUUUUUUAAAUAUGGAUUAUGGCUAUAAUUACAACCAAAUGAUUAUGAUUAAUAUAUUUAAUAAGUAAAAAUUAAUCUAAAUCUCUUAGAUAGCAGAAAUUUGGAUUGGAGGAGUGA